AUGAGAUGGACGGUGCAUAUCGAGGGUGGACCGAUGCGAGUAAAUCAUGCAGCGGUGUGCAUAGGCGAUAAAAUCUAUUCCUUCGGAGGAUAUUGUUCCACUGAAGAAUAUAAAGAUUGGGAGCCAAUACCAGUCCAUGUUUUGGACACAAAUACGAUGAGGUGGGCACCAGUCAACUACAAGAGAACAGAUGUCGCUCCUUUUCAAAGAUACGGCCAUACCACUGUCGCAUAUGGAGACAAGGUAUUCAUGUGGGGAGGCAGAAAUAAUGCUGUGGCAUGUGACACUCUCUCCUGUUUUGAUACAAAAACAUUAGAAUGGACUACGCCAGCGGUCUCGGGCAUGGUGCCUUAUGCCAAAGAUGGCCACUCAGCAUGCGUCAUCGGAAACAAAAUGUACAUUUUCGGGGGUUUUGAGUAUCUUACAGAUCAAUAUUCCCAAGAAGUGCACUGCCUAAAUCUUGACACUCUACAAUGGAGUUACAUUGAUGCUCGAGGGACAGCCCCAUCUCACCGUGACUUCCACACGGCUGUCGCCGUGGACAAGAAAAUGUACAUAUUCGGCGGGAGAGGGGAUUUAAAUAGCCCUUACAACUCACAAGAAGAAAUAUAUUGCCCGCAAGUGUUCUAUUUAGACACGGCUGAAGAGAAAUGGGUCGCAAUGAAUCCGGGUGGAACUUGGCCUGAAGGAAGGCGUAGCCACUCAUCUUGGCUUUACAAAGGCUACAUGUAUAUUUUCGGUGGCUUCAACGGUAACUCGAAGACACACUUCAAUGAUCUCUAUCGAUAUUCAAUUAAAGAGAAUAUCUGGCAAUUUAUUAAUGUAGGUGGCUCAGUGCCUUGCAAACGACGGCGACAAGCAUGCCUAAUUCAUAAAGACAUUGUGUAUCUAUUUGGUGGGACAAGUCCCUGUCCUGGUAAUAGUAAUCGUAUCCCAGAGAAUGUGGACAACAAUCCAGAGAGAUUGAUAGACAACAGUGACCUGCAUCUACUAGAUUAUCAACCUUCUCUUAAGACUUUAUGCAUCCUCAAUGUACUACAACACAACCUCGACACUUCAAUACUCCCACGUGAUAUUAUUGUGGAUAUCCGCCUGAUGACUCUGCCAAACCGCAUCAGCAGGCCCAUCAACCAAUCUGGUUGA